AGCUGACUUGUUCUGGAACAUGACAGCAAGUGCUCAGUCAUAGCAGCUCUUCGACAGGCUGACACACACUGCAGUGCUAAUAGAGGAGCAUUACUGGAAUGUUCCGGGGCAGCAUAUAAAAGCUUCAGGUCUUGUUCACUGGGACAGAAGCACAGAAGAACUCGACCAGCUCAACACAGCACCACGAAAAUCCACCAAAGAUGCUUUGCCCAAGCACUUUUCAGCCUCACCUCAGCCCAUUCAUGGACUUCCACUGGCCAGUGCGCAGUCUGUGGCCAGAGACCAGACCUCUGUUCUUUCAGAUCGAGAAAGAAAUGAUGAGACACAUGCAGGAGAUGAGGCACAACCUGGAGUUCAUGGAACGCCUGCACCAAAGGAUUUUCGACGAGAUUGACCAUGUUUCACCCAUGACGACUUUCAAACCCAUCUCAUUCCAGCUCGGAAAGGAAGGAAGCCAAUAUGCACUGACACUAGAUACAAAGGAUUUCACUCCGGAGGAGCUGUCUGUCAAACAAGUGGGCAGGAAGUUGCGGGUGAGCGGCAAGACAGAGAAGAAGCAAGACGACGGGAAAGGAUCGUUCUCGUUCAGAUGCCAAGAAUUCAGGCAGGAGUUUGACCUUCCUGAAGGUGUGAAUCCUGAGAUGGUGACCUGCUCUUUAAAUAAUGGCCAGCUACAGAUACAAGCACCCAAAGAAGCCAAUGCUGUGAGCAACGAGAGAGUGAUUCCCAUUACAUACACUCCUGCUGUGAAAAGUCCUGUUCCUCAGAGCCCUCAACCUGAGAGCCAAGGAGCUGAGGCAGAGGCUACAGAUAAUUGAGCUUUGCCUCUAUAUAUCGCACAAUGGAACAAAAUGACAUUCAUUUACAGCUUGAACUUACAAAA